AUGUCAGCUGACAAUGCGGCUGAAGCCGUAUUAACUCCAGCAAUGGCCGCUGAGAUUCCACCGAAAGUCUAUAAUCAAUUAUCUCAAGAGUUUCUACCAGCGUCGAAACAAAUUGCUAUGUCUGGAAUGGUUCUUCUCAAAGCAUACCGUGAAUUCCAAGAAGCUCUAACUAUUUAUUGUGAUGCCACACACAAACUUGUGAAAUCUGCCGACACCGCGAAUGCUAAGGCGAGACAUGAAGCCAUCGAACUAGCAACCGUAUUCAAGGAGUUUGUCAAGUGCGUCAACGCUCACAGACCAAUCGUCGCCGAAUUUGAAACGCUUGCGUUGAAAGUCAACGAUUAUAGCAGCCGCGAGAAGAAUAAAUUGAAAAGUGAUUUUCAAGUAUAUAAAAAAGAGGAGAAGAAGGUGUUGAAAGACAAGCAUGGAAAAAAUAGCUCUGAGGCGAAACAGUUUUAUCAAAAAGAGGCGGCGGAAUGGUCGCGUCAGCAAGAGCUUCGAUACAAGUUUUUCAAUGAUAAAUUGCGUUCUUGGAUUUUUAAAUACGAAGAGCUUUUCAAAAACGCAAAUAUCAGCGGAAGAAUGAAUAGCAUCGAGAAUGUGCAUAAUGUUGAAGCGACAGCGCAAGUCGUCGAAAUCAACUGGCAUGAUGAAAUACACAAAGCUGUUGAAAAUGAACAAACUGCAAAACCAGUAGAGAAAGUUGAGGUGAACCAGCAACAACAACAAGAAGUGCAUCAUGAGCAUCCCAUUGAGCAUCAACAUCACGAAGAGAAUCCAAGGUCGAAAAGCAAUUCUUCGGUGGCAACAUCUCUUGAAGAACUACCAGAAAAUCAAAACAUUGCUAAUGAUAGAAACAGCAGCGUUUUGUUCAUUAGCAAGCAAAAUUACGGCUCUGCUGAAUACAUUAAGCCAGCAUCAGAAGUAAAUAUUCCAGUUCCACAAGUUCGCUCGUCGACACAACAAUACAACCUUCAACACCAAUAUGAAGCUCCAUCUCGUCGAAACACUACUCAUUCAGCAGCAAGUUAUUUAUCUCAAAACCGCAGUCAACCUCCAAAUCUUUAUUCCCAAGUCGCUGUUCAUCCUAAAAAAGAGAUUUACAAAGAGCAGCCCCACACCGGUGCUCCAGGAUAUACAAAGCCAGCUAGCAUGCUUCCAGGAGCUGUGCCGGUCUUCAGCAUUCCGAAUGACAUUCAUAAAACUUCCUCUCCAGAGGCUCAAGUGUUUUACACUCCACCGAUCAACGUGAGAAACAGCCAAAUUCAUGUGCAUCCUUCAAUUGAAAGGCCAAUUUCUGAGCGAGAUAUGGAUGCGAAACGGUAUCACGUUGAAUCCAACUAUGUCGCUAAUGUUUCACCGGCUCAUCGCCCGCCGCAACGAAAUCCUUCCACCAGAAGCAAAGCUGAAGAAGUCUUGGUUCCGUCGGCUUUCACAUCAGCCCAAUAUGGUAGUAUUUUGAUUGUCAACGAAGAUUUCAAUGCGACAUCUGGAGAACAAAUGACAGUAAACCGUGGCGAUAAAGUCGUUCUUCUCAAAUCUGGAACCCGUGGAUGGGUAUUCGUGCGUGACACGGUUUCCAACCAAACGGGCUGGAUUCCAGAGCCAUAUGUUAAUGCUUAA